AUGACCCGUCUCACGCCCGACGUCCUGCGCAUGCGCAGCUCCCAGCUGUCUCUGCGCUCGCUCGCCAUGGAACAACCCCAGCAGCGCACCGCUGCUCCUCCCACGAUCGACGAAGCCCCCACCGUUCCCCUCGAGGCCAAGGACCUCCGCCCCGAGCACUUCACACAGCCUUACCUCGACUUCAUGACCCACAACCCCACCGUCUUCCACGUCGUCGACUACUGCAAGCAGAAGCUCCUCAAAGCCGGCUACGUUGAGCUGCCCGCGCGCGACUCCUGGACCGGCAAGCUUGUUCCGGGUGGGAAAUAUUUCACCACGCGCAACGGCAGCUCAAUUAUUGCCUUCACCGUCGGGCAGGCUUACAAGCCGGGGAAUGGGAUUGCCAUGAUCGCAGGGCAUAUUGAUGCGUUGACAGCGAGGCUCAAGCCGACGAGUGUGAAGCCCACUAAGGAGGGGUAUGUCCAGCUAGGUGUGGCGCAAUACGCGGGGGCACUGAAUGAGACGUGGUGGGAUCGGGAUUUGAGUGUGGGCGGGAGGGUGAUUGUGAAGGAUCCCAAGACGGGGAAGACGACCGUCAAAUUGGUGAAGGUGGAUUGGCCUGUGGCAAGGAUCCCGACGCUGGCGCCCCAUUUUGGGAUUGGCAUGACGGGGCAUGGGAAUAGGGAGACGGAGAUGGUGCCGGUGAUUGGGAUCGAUAAUAGCGAUUUGUUGGGGGAGAAAGCAGAGUCUGAAAAGCCGGUUGGCAAGCCGGGUUCUUUUGCGUCGACGCAGCCGCCGAAGCUGGUGAAACUCAUCCUCUCCCAGCUCGGGCUCUCCGACCCUGACUCAAUCCUCAAUUGGGAACUGGAACUCUUCGACGCGCAGCCCGCCACCGUAGGCGGCCUCGACAAGGAGUUCAUCUUCGCUGGCCGCAUUGACGACAAGCUCUGCUCUUGGGCCGCUUUCAUGGCUCUGCUGCACGCCAAACGCGCCCCGACCGACGGCGUCAUCAAGCUCGUCGCGCUCUUCGACGACGAAGAAAUCGGCUCCCUUUUGCGCCAAGGUGCAAGGGGUAACUUCCUCCCCAUCACGAUUGAGCGCAUUCUCGAGUCUUUCUGCUCUUCCAACUCUGUCCCCUUCGGCCCGGGUAUUUUGGGGCAAACCUAUGCUCGCUCGUUCUUGGUGUCGUCAGAUGUGACGCAUGCAGCACACCCUAACUUCACCCAGACCAACCUCCCUGGUCAUUCACCUAGGUUGAACGUCGGCGUAGCCCUCUGCGUCGACGCCUCCGCGCACAUGACUACCGACAGCGUGAGCAUGGCCAUCUUGGACCGGAUAGCGGAACUCUCUGGCUGCGUCAACCAAAGGCAUAUGAUUAGGAAUGAUUCGCGGAGUGGCGGCACCGUGGGGCCGAUGCUGAGUGCCGCGAUGGGCGUCAAGGCGGCAGAUGUGGGGAUUCCGCAGUUGAGUAUGCAUAGUAUUAGGGCGAUGACGGGGAGCUUGGAUCCGGGGCUGGGAGUCAAAUUUUAUAAGGGGUUUUUGGACUUUUGGGAGGAGGUUGAUCUGGAGUGGUCUCAUUAG